GCGUUUCCCCAAAUCCAAAUCUCGAGCACGACAAAGCAGCACGACAACAUUCGCAAACAUGCUGUUCCCCUCAUUCGCCAUUCUCGCGGCGGCGAGCAGUCUACUGUCAUUUGCGACAGCGCACAACAUCCAGAUGAAGGCUCAUCAGCGCGAAUGCUUCCACGAGCAAUUGCACAAAGGCGACAAGAUGACAGUCACGUUCCAAGUCGGCGACCGGGAAUUUGGUGGCAGCGGGAACCUGGAAAUUGAUUUUUGGAUUGAAACUCCCUCUCGCAGCUACCAAGUCCACGAGCGCGGCGUAGCCAACGGUGACCAUUCUUUCGAUGCGACCGAGGAUGGAAAGUACACGUACUGCUUCAAUAACGAACACUGGGGCGCCAACACCAAAGAGGUCUCGUUCAACGUGCACGGCAUUGUCUACGUCCCCGAAUCCGAAGCCCCACAAGAUCCUUUGGAGAAGGAGGUGCGGUCCAUGUCGGAGCUCGUAGCGCAGGUCAAGGACGAGGAGAUGUACAUGAGCACCCGUGAGCGAGUACACCGAAACACUGCCGAGAGCACCAAUUCGCGCGUCAAGUGGUGGAGCAUUUUCCAACUCAUCGUACUGGCAGCCCAGGGGUUCUUCCAGGUGUGGUGGUUGAAGCGAUUCUUUGAGGUCAAGCGCGUUGUUUAAGAGGUGUCUUGUCGGUAGCUUCGAACUCGUGUGGGCGGGAUAUAUCGCUCAUCUUCAGCUGCGUUGCCCUGCAUUGUUCUUGUUUGUUUGGCGUUGGAGCGCAUAUUCGGGAGGUCCAGCGUGGCAAAAGAUGGAGUACGGUAGAGAAUGUAUUAUGACUCACAGGGCAGAAGACUGGGUAAGGCUACAUAUGGGCAUGCAUGUUCGUUUCAGUUUUUGUUGAUUUUGCCCUGUUCCAUAACGCUCUAUGGGUCUGGUUGUGUCUGCCUGGAGGGCUUGGCAUCUGUCCGACACGUCUCUUUGGCUGGCUGCACGAGAACAGCCAGGCAUUGCCGUGUGGGCAUCAAGUCGAGUGGUCGGUAGUCGUGGUGGUGAGCAUGCCGAAAGGUGAUCAGACGGUAAGCCCACGCAAUGAAUCGUGGCCAUGCCCCCAUUUCCACUUUCACAUGCCUAAAUGGUAAAAUAAGCCAAGUAGUACU